CGCUGCUCCGCUCGGUUCCGUCUYCUGGGCAGCGGCGGGACCGGCGGCYGCGGCGGCGGAGGGACGAGAGCUGGGAGCCGCGGUCCGCAGAGUUGGGCAGGGGAGCACCCCGCCUCCGCGGCGUCAUGGGCCCCCUUCCCGGGCCUCAGCGGGCACCAGCCGCGGGAACCCCCAGGCCUCCUCGCGGCCGAGCCUGAGCGACCCCCGGGUUCUCAGGCACUCGCUCCCUACUCCGUAUUUUUUCCUCCUUUCGCCACCGUUACCGCUUGUGCACUCGGUUAUGGCAACAGAGCCGCCAUCCCCCCUCCGGCUCGAGGCGCCCGGCGCCCCAGAGAUGCGGACCCCACCGGUGAGCGAUGCCGCCCCCGAAGGCGCCCCGCAACCAGCGGGCGACAGGCUGCGUUUCCUCAACGGCUGCGUGCCCCUGUCGCAUCAGGUGGCUGGGCACAUGUACGGAAAGGACAAAGUGGGUAUACUGCAACACCCAGAUGGCACAGUUUUGAAACAGUUACAGCCACCUCCAAGGGGCCCGAGAGAGCUGGAAUUUUAUAAUAUGGUAAAUUUAUACCUAAAACUGGAAGAUGUGACCCAUAAAUUUAAUAAGCCCUGUAUAAUGGAUGUAAAGAUCGGGCGAAAAAGCUAUGAUCCUUUUGCCUCAUCUGAGAAGAUUCAGCAACAGGUCAGCAAGUACCCAUUAAUGGAAGAGAUUGGGUUCUUGGUGCUUGGCAUGAGGGUUUAUCAUGUUCACUCUGAUAGCUAUGAGACACAAAAUCAGCACUAUGGAAGAAGCUUAACAAAAGAAACUAUAAAGGAUGGAGUCUCCAAGUUUUUUCAUAAUGGGUUCUGUCUAAGAAAAGAUGCUAUUGCUGCCAGUAUWCAGAAGAUUGAGAAAAUUCUGCAGUGGUUUGAAAGCCAGAAGCAGCUUAGCUUUUAUGCAAGUUCAUUACUAUUUGUUUAUGAAGGUUCAUCUCAGCCAACCACUACAAAAUCAAAUGACAGAACUUUGGCAGAAAAGUUUUUGUCCAAAGGACAAUUGUCAGACACAGAGUUACUGGAGUACAACAAUAACUUUCAUGUGUUAAGUUCCACAGCAAAUGGAAAAAUAGAGGCUUCAGUAGGCAAAAGCUUAUCCAAGAUGUAUGCUCGUCACAGAAAAAUGUAUUCAAAAAAACAUCACAGUCAGACUGCAUUGAAAGUUGAAAAUAUGGAGCAAGACAAUGGGUGGAAAAGCAUGUCACAGGAACAUUUAAAUGGAAAUGUACUUUCCCAACUGGAAAAAGUUUUCUACCAUCUUCCCACUGGUUGCCAAGAGAUUGCGGAAGUAGAAGUUCGAAUGAUAGAUUUUGCUCAUGUGUUUCCUAGCAACACAAUAGAUGAGGGAUAUGUUUAUGGUCUAAAGCAUUUAAUUACUGUACUUCGAAGUAUUUUAGACAAUUGAAUCUUUUGCUGCAGUCUUUUUAAGGGGUGGACAAAUCAUCAUAAAGAGCAGCAGUCAUUAUCUCUGCACCUGUAAUGCUGUGUAAAAACUUUGUAUUGUGAGUCAACAUUUUAUUUGUCUUUAUACUUUUGGUAGAAAGGUUAACUUUUUUAUAAUCUUACUCAGGAAUACUAAUUUGUUCAUUAGAAAACUAUGAAGAAUAAAGAAGCAGGAAUGUUAAGCAGGGAAUGUGGUGGUACAUGGCCUAAACAUCUAUUUGGCUCAAGCAAAAUGCAAACCAUUAUUCAGUAAGAGUUUAUUUAGCUUUCUGUAGCCAAUGUAUCAUGAAAUCUGUCCACCCAAACUUGAAAAUGAGCCAUAUCUAACCUAUGACAUAAUUAGAACACCUUYAAAAUCUAGAAAGCACAGGUUGAUAUCCUUAGUAUUGCUAUGUAUAAAGUUAUUAAAACUGGAGAAAAUUCUACUUCAGAAAUAAGUACCAUUUAGGUUUUAUAUUAAAAGUUCAGACCAGCAUAUCAAAAGGUGCUUCUUAGUGAAAUGAUUUAGAAUUGUUGCAUUCCAAAAGCAGGUUUUUCCAUUUAAUUUUCAUUUAUCUAUGUAAUACAAAAUAUUAUACUUUGUGAAAUACACAACGGAAAUGGACAACAACAACAACAACAAAUAUCUUGAAAUUAAAGGCWCUGAUGAUUUUUACCAGGGUCAGAAGAGAGAAAUUAUUUGCAAGAAACAAAAUUUUUUCUUUAAAAUUCUUUUAUUGCAAGUUCUUUUGUGGCAAAAAUGGAAUCUAUAUUUACUACAAUGUGAGAAGACAUUACAUGAUAUGUAGGUAUACAUAUAAUACUUUUUCUCAAACAGAGGCUUCAAAAAGGUGAAUGAUUGAAAUUUUUUUUUCCUCUAAACAAUAUUUUAGAGUGUUUUGCUUUUAAAAUUCAUGUAUUUGUGGUCCCACUUAGUUAAGCAGUGGUAUAGACGUUUGUUGCUAAAUAUAGUGUUUCUCAGAAUUUGGUUAAGCAGUGAAAAACAGCAUCUGAUCAUGUAAGUGUUUUUAAAAAUACUGUGUGUAAAUUAGUACAUUGUAUAGGGUUUGGAGCAUAUCUAAAUCUGUGCUUCUGUUUCACUAUUAUUCGUAACAGCUUUAGAUCAUAUCUAAAGAGAAACUAAUUUUAUUGGGGGCAGAGGCAAAAUCACAUUUGUAAAUAUUACCUUUGUUUUACACACACACCACCUUUUAAAAAAUAACUAGGUAUUUUUUCAUUGAAAACUUGUAAGACUUUAAAAUUAAAUUUGAAAAUAAUUUGAUGUUAAUGCUUUCAAAGCACUUUGAUUCACUAGUAAUACAUCUAAGUAGUUGAGCAGUUUUACCAUAUUCCUGGAACACAUUUUGAAGUUAUGAUUUAAGAUCUUUUCCUCCUCUUUUUACCUCAGAAUCACAAUUUAAACUUUUAAAUCCAAGUGCCAUUUUUAUGUGGUAUGGAGGAAAUUUUGUUUCUUAGCUUCCCAACUCUCACUGAGGGUACUUUGCAAAUAUCUAAGUCCAAACAAAGUCACCAGAUAAAUUUCUAUGAAUACUAUACUUAGCAAAUCUUUUAAACUGGCAUAACUUUAUAUGCAUUUUGUUAUUUUUAUUUAGAAUUAGUGUAAAAUAUUUUUCCUUGGGAUGUAAUGUUUCUCUGUAUUCCCAAGUGGGUAUUGGCCAUACAUUUUUGUGGAAAUGAAAUUCAAGUCUUAAUUAAUAGAAACUUUUUUAUUUUUACUCUUUUUUUUCUUCAAUAUCGACUUUUGUUGUUGUUGUUACUUAGAUAGUGUUAAGCUCAUAUAAAUGAACACUAUGUUGAAUCUUCAGAGGAUUUUUGUAUGGGAUUGUGUCAGCCUAUGUACAUUAAAUUUAAUAAAUUUAAGUAUUAUCAGAUUAUUUGCACAUUUUAGUUCAAUAAAGUCUGAAUCAGCUGUUCUAGAUUUUCUUUAUCUGUAUUUGGAAAUAGAGUUUUGUAAAGUCAAUGUCUUGCCUUUCUGAUAAAAUAGAUCAUGUUUUGUUUUAAUAAAACAAGAAGUGCUUUUAUCUUUGUUUUUCAGGGAAGGGAUUAACAUUUAAUUCUUUUUGUUUACAUUUUUUAUCACUGUUACCCAAUGACCAUUUUAUGUUAUUACUUUAUAAGUAAGCUUGUAUGUAACAGAAUAAGUAUCUGUUUCUGUAAUCUACAUGUGACUAUUAUCUAGUCCUGUYUUAAGAUUAUGCGGAAGUAUGCCACUGUGGGGAUGAAUGAUCACUAUUCAGCAAACAUGUUUGAACAUGUAAAUGUUCAAGAAAUAAGCAAAUUAAUGAUAUGGUUUGGAUUAAUAGGAUUAUUAAUUUUUUUCUCCCCUAGGAAACAUAAAUAAUAAUGUUAGUGUAUUUCYUAUGAAAUGCACUCAUAUAAAGGACUUUUAAGAAAUUGUGGAUGUGAAUACAUUUCUCAAAUGAAAUUUAAAUUG